AUGGUGGCCGACGUGAUUGCGCACUGCCAUCUCCGCCACCAAUCCCCCCAAGACAUGCGAAGGGCGUUGGUUCCUGACUCCGUCGACCAUGACAACCAUGAGUGUUUUGUCGAGGCGGACGCUUUGCGACGUGUGCUCAGGCAAUUCGGACACCGCAUAACCCUCCACGAUAUGAACGUUUUGAUUCGUGCCAUGGACGUGCGCACGCGAGGCACGUGUGUGAGUCUGGUGGAUAUCCUGGCGAUUUUUGACACCCAACGGCAUCCACCUUCGGAGGACGAGACUACCCCCAACAAUCACCCCACUUCCAGUCGCCUCUUUAAAGCGGAUAGCUCCAUUUAUUGA